UACUUUCACACCCGGUUUCUCCAAAACUCCUUUACGCACCUCUUACCAGAUUCCCACCCGUUUCCAUAUCUUUUUAUCUCGAUGGCUCUGUAACCAAACCCUAAUCCAAGUACCCGCGGUCUCCACUUGGGUGCAACUUCAGCUCCCUCCCUCACUAUAUUUGGUGAUACUAUAAAACUCUUGCAAUGGAUUUCUCCGAUGCAGUCAUAGUCAAAUCUAGCAGAUUGAAAUCUGUUGUCUGGAAUGAUUUUGAUAGGGUGAAAAAAGGCGACACUUGUGUGGCUAUUUGUAGGCACUGUAAAAAGAAACUUAGUGGAUCGAGUACUAGUGGAACAUCACAUUUGAGGAACCAUUUAAUCAGGUGUCAGAAAAGAUCUAAUCAUGGCAUUGCUCAAUUUUUUUCAGCAAGGGAUAAGAAAAAGGAAAACAGCCUAGCUCUUGCAAAUAUAAAUCCUGAUCAAGAUCAGAGAAAAGAUGAAGUGGUUAGCAUAGCUAAUUAUAAAUUUGAUCAUGAACAGAUGAAAGAUGACAUCUUCAGCAUUGCAAAUAACAACUUGGAUCAAAGGCGAAGCCGAUAUGAUCUUGCAAGAAUGAUUAUUUUACAUGGCUACCCACUGGCUAUGGUUGAAGAUGUUGGAUUCAGAGUAUUUGUGAAAAAUCUGCAGCCAUCAUUUGAACUCGUAUCACUAAACAGAGUCGAGGCUGAUUGUAUGGAAAUCUUUGCCAAGGAGAAACAGAAAGUUUAUGAAGUGCUGGAUAAACUACCUGGUAAAAUCAGCAUUGCUGCUGAUGUGUGGGCUGCUUUAGAUAAUGCCGAGUACUUGUGUUUGACAGCGUACUACACCGAUGACACGUGGCAUCUGAGAAAAAAGAUUUUGAGUUUCAUAAUGAUUGAUCCUUCUCAAACGGAAGACUCGCAUGCAGAAGUUGUCAUGACAUGUUUAAUGGAUUGGGAUAUAGACCGCAAACUGUUCUCUAUGACAUUUGAUAAUGGUUUGACAAACGACGGUAUUGUCAACAGAAUCAGAGAUCGGCUGUCCCUGAAUAGGUUCCUUUAUUGCAAUGGCCAAUUGUUUGAUGUACGAUGUGUUUCAAAUGUUCUUAAUCUUAUGGUUCAUGAUGCUUUGGAAGCAUUGUUUGAAGUAACGCAAAAAAUUCGCGAAAGCAUACGAUGUGUUCAAAGUUCGCAAGCAACACUGGCGAAGUUCAAUGAGAUUGCCAAACAUGCUGGUGUCUCAAGUGAAAAAUGCUUAUGUCUUGAUAAUUCGUUGCAAUGGAACUCAACAUACAUGAUGCUUGAAACUGCUUUAGAGUACAGGGGAGCAUUCUCUCUUCUAAGAGAACAGGAUCCUGGCUUCAUGAUGUUUCCAUCUGAUCUAGAAUGGGAGAGAACACGCUCUGUUACUAGCUACUUAAAGCAAUUUGUUGAAGUUACUAAUGUUUUCACAAGGAGCAAGUAUCCGACUGCAAAUAUAUAUUUUUCUGAGGUCUGUGAAUUUCACUUGCAACUUAUUGAAUGGUGCAAGAAUGCUGAUGAUUUUUUGAGUUCUUUGGCUACAAAGAUGAGAAUCAAGUUUGAUGAAUAUUGGGGGAAAUGCAGCACGGGUUUGGCAGUCGCAGCCAUGUUGGACCCUCGAUUUAAAAUGAAGCUUUUGGAGUAUUACUACACACAAUUGCAUGGUAAUAGCGCUGCUGAGCUCAUUGAUGAUGUUGCUGAGUGCAUCAAGGCACUAUACAAUGAACACUCCAUUGGAUCCCCGUUAGCUUCUCUUGACCAGGGGUUAGCUUGGGAAAUGAAUGGUAGUGCUGGCGGCUUACCUUCCUCUGUAAAGGACUCGAGGGAUAGGUUGAUGGGAUUUGAUAAGUACCUCCAUGAAACUUCCAAGGGUCAAGGCACAAAGUCUGAUUUGGACAAGUACUUGGAAGAACCGCUCUUUCCUCGCGUUGUUGAUUUUAACAUAUUAAAUUGGUGGAAAGUUCAUACUCCAAGAUAUCCUAUUCUAUCCAUGAUGGCACGCAAUAUUUUAGGGGUUCCAAUGUCAAAAGCUCCAUUCGAAUGUGCUUUUAGCACUAGAGGAAGAGUGCUUGAUCGUGAGUGGAGUUCGCUGUCUUCAACUACAGUGCAAGCUUUGAUGUGUUCACAAGAUUGGAUAAGGAGCGAACUGGAAGGUUGAACAAUUUUUUUGCUUGCUUGUCCAUUUGGGUAGUAUUGUUGAGAUCCGUACUUGACUGAAGUCGGAAGUUGAUUUAUCUGCUCAAACCAGCCAGCGUUACCCUAUUCACAGCGUAGUGAGUCAGUUGCAUUGCAGGGCCCCCUGUUGUUUCUAUUUUUAACCAUCCUCUAAUUGUUUUUAUUCAUGUAAGUAGUUUUGAUUUUUCCCAGUUGAUGUGUAUACAUUUAGACAAUUCAGAUUUUUUUUUUUU